AUGGGCCUCGACAUUUCCAAGACGCUCACCCCCAGCAGAGCUCAUUUCUACGGCAUCGUCCUGGGUAACGUGGCUACACCACUCGCGUCAGUGGUCCUGCCAGUCACCUUUGGGACAAAAGAUAACUACCACACCGAGUACAUCAAGUUUGAGGUGGCGGACUUCGACUUGUCAUAUCACGCCAUCCUCGGCAAACCGCACUGGCCAAGCAAGAUAGGCGUACUCACAUUCCACGGCGACCUGAAGAAGUCGUACGACUGCGACCAGGAAGCGAUCGAGUACAUUACGACAUCAUGCAUGCUAGAGCCAUCUGCAGAAGUACUCAUGGCCGCGCAGAAGCUGACCGACUCAGAAAUGGAGAUCUCCAACUAG